AUGGCGUGCCUGUUGGACCCAAUCCGCAUGAGCGUCCUUUCGGAAGUAACAGCUAGCAGUCGCCACUAUGUUGACAGGCUAUUUGACCCUGAUCCCCAGAAAGCUCUACAAGGUGUCAUAGACAUGAAAAAUGCUGUAAUUGGAAAUAACAAGCAGAAGGCCAACCUCAUUGUUUUAGGAGCUGUUCCAAGAUUGUUGUACUUGCUUCAGCAAGAAAUUUCAAGUACAGAGCUGAAAACUGAAUGUGCAGUGGUACUGGGAAGUCUUGCUAUGGGUACCGAAAACAAUGUCAAGUCUCUACUAGAUUGCCAUAUUAUCCCUGCCUUACUGCAAGGACUAUUGUCCCCAGACCUGAAGUUUAUUGAAGCUUGCCUUCGAUGCCUGCGUACCAUCUUCACCAGUCCCGUCACUCCAGAGGAGUUAUUGUACACAGAUGCUACGGUGAUACCACACAUCAUGGCCCUGCUUAGCAGGUCUCACUACACCCAGGAGUACAUCUGCCAGAUCUUCUCGCACUGCUGUAAAGGUCCAGAUCAUCAAACAAUUUUAUUUAACCAUGGUGCAGUUCAGAAUAUUGCUCACCUACUAACCUCAGUAUCUUACAAAGUUCGAAUGCAAGCACUGAAAUGCUUCUCAGUUUUAGCUUUUGAAAACCCCCAGGUAUCGAUGACCCUGGUAAAUGUUUUGGUUGAUGGAGAAUUGUUACCACAAAUUUUUGUGAAGAUGUUACAGAGGGAUAAGCCUAUUGAGAUGCAACUCACAUCAGCAAAAUGUUUAACCUACAUGUGUAGAGCGGGAGCAAUUCGGACAGAUGACAACUGUAUUGUAUUGAAGACAUUGCCAUGUUUGGUUCGAAUGUGCAGUAAGGAGAGAUUACUAGAGGAGAGAGUUGAAGGAGCUGAGACACUCGCCUACCUGAUUGAACCAGAUGUUGAGCUGCAGAGAAUUGCUAGCAUUACUGAUCACCUCAUUGCCAUGCUUGCUGAUUAUUUCAAGUAUCCCAGCUCUGUGAGUGCCAUCACUGAUAUUAAAAGGCUUGAUCAUGACUUAAAACAUGCUCAGGAACUCCGCCAGGCUGCAUUCAAGCUCUAUGCCUCACUCAGAGCAAACGAUGAAGACAUCCGGAAGAAGGUGAGUCUGGGAGAGGGGCGGCCCCCAGUCCUGACAGCCAGCAGGCAGGGAGUGACGUCAACCUGAAAGUCGUGGUGAAGAGCACUAACAGUGACUGUUUGAAUAUAAUAAAGCAGUGACUAAAGGCAU